AUGAGUAUUGCCACUACUCCUCCAAUUACUUUUACAAGGACUGCGGCCCAGUUAACCGGCCCUAGUAUAGAGGACACUAAUAAGAGAACUGCACCAAGGACACAGUUAAUACCUUCUUCUAAAACAUCAUUUGCUACGCCUCCAUUGAUGGUAAAAUCGCAAAUGAAUAGGAAUAUCAAUGACACACUUGAACCUACUGUAGCAAGAAGAGUCAGUUUGCCAAGUCUUAACAAUUUAUUAAGUUAUAGCAAUACGCCCUUCAAUGAGCGCGAAAAUCUGGAAAAAGUAAGUGAAGGAGAUUCAGCGUCAGCGGAAAAUUCACCUGGCCGAGCUGGCACGGAAUGGGGCCAUUCUGCGACGACCGGUAAGCGGAGUUUUACCAAGGAAUCUGAUUCCAAAUUUACUCCGAGGGCGCUUCCAAGUGUACCGCGGGCAAGUAAUAUCGUUGCAGUAGAUCCUGCCUAUUAUGACCAGCGUCGUGAGUCAUUGGAAUUUCUCGCUGACACCGCUCUAAACAGCAGUAAAAGCAGCAGUAUUAAUAAUAUUACACCAGAGGGGCCCAAUGCUAAACUCAGUGAAGAAGAUUCUAAUACAAGUAAUAGCAAUGCACAAUACCUCGAACUGAUUGCGCAAAUCCUUGCGUUGAAGAAUUCUAUGUUCCAAAACCUACCUUCUUGGCCAAUUGGUGAAACAGGACCUAUACCGUUAAUAAAGAGUGUACCAAAGGCUGAGCUACAGCAAUUAUUGGCAGAUGCAAGAGGACUCACUUCUACCACUAGAGAUUUAUUAUUACUCAAACUGAAGUAUGAAUUACAUAGUGGUGAAAGGGAAGGUUCUGCUACGGAGACUAAUAUCAAAGCUAAGGAAGAGGGACUGCCAGUGACUCUUCCAGGCGUGGUAGAAUUAACCUCAAACUCACUUUCCGCCUCCGAGAAUUUGUCUCACACGCAGCUACCAAAUCCAUUGCCCAGAAUGACAAUGCAGCCUCCCAAAUCGCUUGCAGAGUAUACAUUUCGGAGAGGCAGCUUUAAUCCUGGGGACAGAGACUGGGGCAGUCAUGCACCGGGUUUUAGAUUUCCAAGUGCUUCCGGCUCUAGUUAUGGAUCACAAAGUUACGAACCAAUGGACCGUACCGUAUAUCCCGUUAGUCAUAAUCAACAUCCAUUGGCCCAAAAUGAGUACCGUAGGAGAAGUAUCAGUGGCCCCAUGAGGGGUGGCACAUAUACUGUAUCCUUAAAACCUUAUCAUCAGCAGGAACAACUGCGACAGCAUCCCGGCUAUGGCCCACUGCAGCAUGAUAAUACAAUGUCACAAAGAACUUUACCCGCUCUGAGGCGGAAUCCGGAAGAUCCUCAUUUAGGAUUACCUCCUGCACCUCCUACAUUUCAUCGACUGUCAAUGGCUCAAAGCAACGUUCCCUUUAGUAAUUCGGUGUCAAGACCUAUAUUACCAAUGCAGACGCAUAAGCAUGUACUGUCUGAACCAUCGCUGUCAACAAUGGCAAAUGCCGCUAACUCCAAUACUCCUGCGCCACUACCACCCAAGACCCCAAAUAAACGUAAAAGACAACGAAGAUCAGGUUCUAAUAGUACUGCAGGGGGCAGUGGCUCAAAUGUUGGGGUAUGUUUACACUGUCAAGAAAAAGAUACUCCAGAAUGGAGAAGAGGCCCUUACGGGAACCGGACUUUGUGUAAUGCAUGUGGACUAUUCUACAAUAAGUUAAUUAAAAAGUUUGGGGCGCGAGACGCCAAUAUUAUGAUGCACUAUAGGAGGAAGAUUCUACCAGAUGACAGGCGGGUACCAGACGCCGUGGAACUUCCAGAUUCCUUUGUAAAAAUGUUGGAUCAAAGAAAUGAUCUAGACGAACAGUAUGCGGUUAUACAAUCGCAAUAG